UAGAUCAAAAAUCGAGGGUUCUUGCCACCAAUCUGUAUGUGCAUUGGCGACUGGGGGAAAACCUGUUACUAGGCUGAGAGCAUCGUGAUUAUUGCAGAAAUUUGGCUCAUCGGCAAAGUUUCGUUGGGAGAAAAGGUUCCAUCUUAUGGAACCUGAUGUUGGCAUGAGUAACCAAGGUUGCAGGACUGUUGUUUCCUCAUUUACAAUCUGGUGUGAUCUGAGCAUCUUUGUGCCGCACUAAUGGGAGGUUCACAGGACAGGCUGGGCAUUUGAGCAACCUACAUGCAAAUUGUCGGUGCCCUGAUCUUUCAUGGCUGCGAAAGCUCGUGCGAGGCCGCGAGACUCUUGGCGGCGAUUCUGGCUGGUGCUGGGCCAUGCCUUGAGCGAGUGCUUCCUCAUCGUAAUGCUGCUUGUGGUCGCCGUGGUGUCGUAUACCGCGACGAGGUUCGCGCGCAUCUGCAGGAUCCGGUCACCGUGCAUGCUGUGCUCAAGAUUGGACAAGGUUCUGCAUGGCAAGGCCUGGUUCUCUGAGGAGCUGAUUUGUGCAGCACACAGGGUGGAAAUCGCGCGUUUAUCUUAUUGCCAGAUUCACAGUAAGCUCGCACAUUCUGAUGAUCUAUGUGGAAAGUGCUUGCUUUCAUGUUCUGGACCAGUUGGUAAGCCAGGUAACCCAACAAACAUGAGCAUUAAGGAGAAGGCGGGGCACACACACCGAUGUUCUUGUUGUUCAGAGCCAUUCACGAAGAGAGACAACGCGCACAAGUUAUUUGAGGAGGUGAAUGGCAGGUCUCAGAAUGAUGGAAUGAGCAAAGUGAAGGAGAGAAGCAUGGCCACGGCAAGCGUUGGGCAUUCUUCGGAUGAGGAUUUUGAUCAAUUGCCUCACGGAGGUUACAGAAAGCUAAAUGCCUGUCAUGACUCUCAAUCAGAGAUUCAUGUCUCAGAUGAUGAUGUUGGCGGCUAUGCAAAGCCUUAUGAAGCUAAACGUCGAACCAGAGAUCUCGACGAGCACUCGAAGGCUGUGCCUGAGCAAAUUCGUCAGGAGCUUCCGAAAGAGAAAACUUUUCUGGUUGGUGUUGAGGAGGUCGGCGAUUUAGAGGGUGUUUCACGAAGCCCUGACCAGGAAGCUGCAGAGGCUUUUGCUGCUUCUGCAUCUAACGGGGCCCGCUCAACUACAAACCAUCAUAUCAACCGCAACAGUAGCAUGAAGAAUGCUCCUGGUGGUAGAGGCAAUCUUAGGUCUCCUCGAUGGUCUGAAGUAAUCUCCGCUAAGGAAACCAAUUCAACAACACAUGAAGAAGUGAAGACAUUCAUGUCCCAGUUGUCUUCUGCACGAGGCCUCGAUGGUCCUUGGAGUGAGGUGGCUGCUAGCCCCAGAAUCAGCAUACAGAUUGAUGAGUACAGUCAAUCUGAUGCCAUUGAUGGCAGACAGUUCCUUGAUCUGGAACCAUCUGAUGUUCCAACUGAAGCUGAAGGUGAAAUCUCCCCUGAGUCCCUGAAGAAGCAAUGCGAGCUUAACAAGAAAAAACUAAGCAUCCUUUAUAAAGAGCUCGAGGCAGAACGGAGUGCUUCGUCUGUUGCAGCAAGUGAAGCGAUGGCUAUGAUCAAUAGGUUGCAAGUUGAAAAGGCUGCAAUGCACAUGGAGGCGCUGCAGUAUCUCCGGAUGAUGGAAGAGCAGGCUGAUCAUGACCAAGAAGAAAUUGGAAAGCUAAAUGACUUGCUUACAGAAAGAGAGAAAGAAAUGCUUGACCUGGAAGCUGAACUCGAAAGUUAUGAGAGCAGGUUCCGCAUCGAACCAUUUGAUCUCGGAAAUUUUGACGCUGUUGAUGGAGGCAUGGCACUCAGAGUCUUGGAUAGCUCAGAUUUUGUGAGGAAUACCAUCUUUGGUUUUGAAGAUGAGAAGGCCAAAAUUUUGGAAUCCUUGAGCAGAUUAGAGGAAACACUUGGCGUGCCUUACACAAAUAGAUUUGAUUUGGGUGGCGCAAGUGAUAUCAUACAGAGUGGGUCACUGAGAGAUCAUCCAAGUGAUGGGCCUGGCCAACAUGUAGAGAACUCAGAAUUGGAACGCCGGAGUUCACUAUUGCCUCAGGAGCACAUGAACGACGAAUCACGCUUGAACGAUGACUCACUGAGAGAUCAUCCAAGUGAUGGGCCUGGCCAACAUCUAGAAAACUCAGAAUUGGAAUGUGGGAGUUCACUAUUGCCUCAGGAGCACAUGAACGAUGAAUCACACUUGAACAAUGACUCACUGAGAGAUCAUCCAAGUGAUGGACCUGGCCAAGAUCUAGAAAACUCAGAAUUGGAAAGUCGGAGUUCACUAUUGCCUCAGGAACACAUGAACGAUAAAUCACACUUGAAAGAUGACUCAAUGAGAGAUCAUCCAAGUGAUGGGCCUGGCCAACAUGUAGAAAACUCAGAAUUGGAGUGUCGGAGUUCACUAUUGCCUCAGGAAGACUUGAACGAUGAAUCACUGAGAGAUCAGCCAAGUGAUGGGCCUGGCCAAUACGUAGAAAACCCAGAACUG